CGACACACAAGAAGCAAUCAGGUAGCACAGAAAGGAAGAAGCGGAGGUAUAAGCCUGGGGCUAAAGCUUUGAUUGAAAUUCGCAAGUUUCAGAAAUCCACAGAUUUAUUAUUAAGGAAACGACCGUUCGCCCGCCUGGUACGUGAGCUAUGCCAGGAUUACAAACCCUCUAUGCAAUACCGGUGGACGUCCGAUGCCCUUGCGGCGGUACAGGAAGCUGCUGAAGCCUUUCUGGUGCAUUUAUUUGAAGACGCCAACCUGGCCGCACUCCACGCUAAGAGGGUCACCCUGAUGGUGCGGGAUAUACAACUCGCACGAAGGAUCAGAGGCCCAGUGCAUGGCCUUGGUUGAACGAAAUAUGGGGCUUGCCUAGUGGUAUCAGGGCACCUCGACCCCAUGGACGCCUGGUGAACAACAACAUAACUAGCCGGUAUUUAAUUAGUGAAGAUAUGUGGGUGUAUAUGCCCACUCUUACUUAGAAGUGACGUUCCGAGCCACUCCGCCCUGUCGGAGCUGUGUGUGUGCGCGUUCCCAGGUGAAGACAUGCACGCACCAGGCAUCCAGCUAUCGCACUCCACGACCGAGGGAGAGUACUACUCACCCUUGUAAAUUAGGGUAGAACCCCUCGGGGAUGUCUACCAAUUAACGUAUAUUCACUCACGCCUGGACCUAUGUGGGGAGAGUAUGGUCCACACACCAAGAAUAGAUCAAUAUCACUCUCGCCAAAUUGAAACACUUCACAUGUACAGACACGGGAGGUCCCUUCAGCGUUGGGUGUGUGUCAACCAUAAUGACAGGCGGUCGCAUAGCUGCACCG